AUGAAACAUAUCUCCCUUCUGCUGAUCGCAGCCGCUUGUGCUGUACAGUCCGUGUCAGAGGAUGCCGAUGACGCUUGCUGGAUUAACCAAUGCCAAUGCAGCAGAAACUCUUAUGCGCCCUACAACGACGUCACAUGUUUAGUCAGCUCCAUCUCUUCAUCCGAUGACACCAUAACAGCACUGCCCGCCGGAGUCCGAUCGCUGACCUUAACUUGCAGCAGCCCUAGUUGGCUGAGCUUCCUUCCUGUGGGCAUCUUUGAAAAAUUUUCUAAUUUGUCAUCACUAAUUGUUGAACAGUGCAACAUCGUCACCCUCUCUGCAGAAUCUUUCCGGGGAUUAGCGUCAUUGACAAACCUAUCUAUAUACGAAAGCGUUCUGCCGACAUUUCACGAAGACACAUUUAUGCACGUGCCAAAUCUUCAACAUAUAUGUAUCGUCUAUUGUAACAUAAGCAUAUUACCGGACAUUUCCCAUUUGAAAUCUUUAAUAUCUCUCAAUGUUUCCCAUAACAAAAUUAACCAUAUCGAGGUCGCAUCACAAAGUGCUUCCGGUAAGGAAGCGAAUCUCACCAAAAUUGCUUCCGGCUAUGAAAUGAAUCUCUCAGAAGAUGCUCCCCGUAAGGGAACGAAUCUCUCAGAAAGAGACUCGACCGACUCCUCGAAAAGAAAUGAUUUCACGGAACUGAGGAUGCUUGAUCUGAGUUUUAACACUAUGAGCUCAUUGCCUGUCAGUCUACUGGAAAGAACACCGUACCUCCAGGAGCUUUACCUCACUGGCUUGUCUUUGACUCAUUUUGUGAUCCCAGAAAGUAUUCGCCUCAAAGAUCUGAUUUUUUUGGAUGCUGGGCAGAACCCUCUACAGGUUGUAGACUUCCAUAGAUCUGCGCUUACAAGGCACAGGGGGACUCCCCUGAGCUGCGAUGGACUGUCGAACUUAGUCAACCUGGAGGAGCUUGCACUCAACAGCUUUAGCGGAAAAAAAAAAAAAAACUCUACCGUGCUGGCCAGGCUGAACUUGAUCAACAAUAGUCUGACCACAGUAGACAUUGGAGCACUUCCCACUUUACGAAAUCUGCAUUUGUCUAAAAACAGAAUUUCCCAUUUGAGCAGCCUGACAUUCACGAACCAACUUAAUUUAUUGCUAGUAAACUUCUCUGACAACCAAAUUCAAACGCUGCCUUCCGAUUUAUUUCAAAACAACCAUCAUAUAGUCGCUAUAGACUUUGCUGGUAACCGUUUAGAGCGUUUGGAGAAUGGUACUUUCAGUAGUCUUAAUGAGUUGUCCUACUUAGAUCUGAAAAAUAAUUUGCUUUCUUAUCUCCCUUCAACACUAUUUAAAGAUCUCUCCUCUAUGAUGUAUUUAUACCUGAGUGGUAAUCGAAUAAACUCGCUACCGGAGCUCUCAUACAUGACUGGACUUUACACUCUGGAGGUUAGCAACAACCAACUUUCAACACUUGAGCCACGACAGCUAGCGGGAUUAGACAGACUGGGAUCGUUACUCAUGAAUGACAAUAAGUUAAAAGUCAUUCCACCAAAUCUCUUCAUAGAAUGUCCAAGUCUUCUACAAGUAUAUCUUCAUAACAACCAGAUAUCCGACCUUGGAUCACUAGGUACGCAUCCGAAGUUGGCCAUCCUUACAUUAGACAACAACCAGCUGACAAAUUUUAUUGUAGAGUCGCCAUUUAUUAGCUUGAGAAAUUUGCAGUAUUUGAUGCUGAAUUCAAACAACAUUACCAGGUUACAAGCAAACACUUUUCCUUCGUCUAUCGUGACAUUAUUUUUAGACAGAAACAACAUACAAGUAAUAGAUCACGGAACUUUCGAAGGUCUCAGUCGGUUAAGCUACCUUUCAUUAAGGGGUAACGCUGUCGUCUUGUCCAUCCCUCUGAACGUAGUCAAUGUUUUCAAAACAAAUGCUCCAAAACCAACUCUCCACAUUGAAGGAAACGUCCUCUUGUGCGACUGCCAGUUGAGCUACCUGAAGAUAAUAGCUGAAAAUGCAACUUCAUUUCCCGUGUUUGCAAUGUAUUAUCCCCAGUUUAUAGGCCUGGACAAUUCCUAUUGCUACACGCCUUACUGGGGUGAGGUAUUUCGACCGUUUACACAAGUUCCCUUGAGCCAGUUUGUGUGCGACUAUACAGAAACAUUGUGUGGUUUCAACUGCGACUGCUGCUAUCAGAACACUUCAUGUGAUUGCCUGGUGACUUGCCCCAGUGAGUGCAAGUGUAUCGAAGGAGGUUCCGGGUUUACGAGGAUUUAUAUAAGCAUCCUGUGCAGCAAUUCAAAUCUGCGCCAAGUGCCUUACGGGAUACCUUCGACAACUGCGUUGCUGUAUUUAGACGGAAACAAACUGAGUCACUUGUCAAAGCAGAAUUUUAGUUAUUUUCGAGAAACUGAGGAACUCUACCUAAAUAACAGUGCUAUUCAGUCUAUCGACAUGGGAACUUUUGAUGAUAUCCCCAAACUGAAGAUACUAUUGCUAAAUGAUAAUUUACUAACGACAAUUCCGGAAAACCUCUUUGGAAACAUCAGCGAGUUAAAAGAAAUCUACUUACAUAAUAAUUUGAUUAACAGUGUAUCCCCUGUGGCUUUUUCAUCUCUGCCAUCUAUUGAGACAAUAACCUUGCAUAACAACAAGUUAGUACUGCUCACUUCGGUACCUCAGCUACCACAUCAGUUGUCACUGACCUUGUCCGGUAACCCUUGGUCAUGUGAUUGCAACGUCAUCAAGGUCACACUUAGAGUCAUCUACAAACUUAGCCAGGUAAUCAAAGAUGACGACAAACUGUGUUGCCUUGUUUACAAUGACACGCACCACAACUUAUCUGACACAGAUGUGCACAGUCAAACAAGUCCAGGAGCUAAUGAGAGUGCUACGAUUUCUACUGUCGGGUCCGCAAGAGAAGACUCAGUGGGUAUGCUUUCUGAUGAAAUCAAAUUACCCACUUCUUCUAAUUUGAGUAAAUCAUGUUUCUCCCUGCUUCGUUUCAAUUACGAAGAUUACUGUAGACCGAUUGUAUCAAAUUCCAGUAUUUUGAUACCGGUAGCCAACUCAGGUUUACAACCCGGGUUCAUAGCACUUAUCGUUAUCACUAUCUCACUUUUCCUGGUGGCGUUUGCUGUGAUCUUUGUAUUGUGGAAACGUCGUGAGAUUCAGGCCUGGGUUUUCGUCAAGACUGGAGUUCGAGUCCUCGAUAAAAAGGCAAAACUGGACAAAGAAGACGCCGGCUCCAAGGUGUUUGAUGCCUUUAUCUCACACAGCAGUGCAGAUGUGGGUUUUGUGGCGGGAACUCUUGCACCGGCACUGGAGCAAGGGCACAGGAAAUAUCGCUUGUGCAUCCAUUACCGGGAUUUUCCAGUGGGACGAAACAUCACAGACACCAUUUGCAGGGCCAUCGAGAACUCCAGCAGGACUGUGCUGAUUCUGUCCGUGCAUUUUCUCAACAGCGAGUGGUGUCGGUUCGAGUUUCAGACCGCUCAUCAUCACAUCUUGAGUCAAGGCAACCACAGACUCAUCAUCAUUCUUCUAGAGGACAUCCCUGAAAAUUUGCUAGACCCUGACCUCAAGGUUCACAUGAAAUCUAACACAUAUCUAAAGUACGGUGACCCCUGGUUCUGGGAAAAGUUCUAUUUCGCCAUGCCUUCUAUUAAAGACAGACCGGACGACAACGAGGCCCAGCGUUUGGACGUGCUACAUGGCAUGAGGCUUCUUGCGGGCGACGAUGGCGUAGAAGAAGACGCCCAUGUUGAUAACCAAGACAAUGAGAUCAGAUUUGAAUUUGGAAUGGAUUUAUUUGAUCAACCCCGGAUGAGAGAUUUACAAGAUCACGAAAACGGGACAGAAGACAACAGUUCCAACUGUCACCAUAAACCAGCAGAGAAUCCCGUGAUUAAGACGCUGCAGUACAUGGCCGCCCGCCUAACAGGAAAUGACGUCGAUGCUGUUAUUGAUAGCUUUUCAGAAGUUCCUGGUGAUAAAGAAUGUGUUGGAAACAACAAUGUCUGUUUAGCAGAUAGUCUGGGAAGCUUCAGUGUAGACAGGGUAUUCUGUCCGGAAAAGAAACAUUUACCUGGGACAUUGGAUUUUCUAAGUGAUCCUGAUUAUUGUGUUGAUACGAACAGUACGAAUUGUCGAGAUAGAAAUCGACAUCCCAGUAAAAGCAGCAUAUAUAGUUUAAAUGAUGAAGCUAAAGUAAAGUUUGACAGAACAGUGGAUGUCAGAAGGACAUCGUCAGUGAUGGAGGAAGAGAAAGACGAUGGUAACCCUAACAUUUACAGAAACGAUAGCCGGUGUAGAGAGACAUUAGGCUGUCAGGAUGACGAUGAAGACGAGACGUGUCUCCAUACUAUCUAUGAUUGA